AUGGUCACUACUAAGGUAUAUGGACUCUGGAAAAAGUCGCAGACCGUAACUUCGGAGCUAGCGCAAGAUCCGUCGCAGACCCCAGAGACGAUCUUCAAAAGACUGUACGAGCACCACGAGGCUCAUUUGAAAGAACACGGAGCGCAUGGAUUAUCCAAAGAGGAGAUCGAGGAGUUUGAAAAGAAGGAUGCUGUGCAGAAAGCUCUAGCAUGUGGACAUUGGGGGUCUACGGAGCCCAGUGAAUUAUUCCUUCAGAUUUAUCACGAUGUUCUUGGUUCCUUGGACAAAGACCCCAGCACUGGAGUGGUUUCUCCCCCGUUGAUCGGGAGCCGAGGCGUUGUUCCCCUCUCCAUUGUGGCGCCGUUGCCGGACCUCUGCCGCCAUUUGGGCAAUUGUAUUGCACGCGCUGAACAUGAAGUAUUUCUGGGUACCAAUUUUUGGAUUCAUUCUGAAGCGGCCACUUUGGUUACAAAUGGUAUUCGGGAGUUGAACAGGAGAGCCGGGGAACGGGGGACAAAGGUGGUGAUGAAGAUGGUGUAUGAUCGUGGAGAUCCAAAGCAGGUUUUAGACAACCGCCUCGAAGUUAGUGGUGAACAACGGACAAGCGACAAAGUUAGACUUCCGGCGCCGCACGAGAUCCCGAACGUCGAUUUGAAAGUGAUCAAUUUCCAUCGUCCAGUAUUUGGCACAUUCCAUUCCAAGUUCACUGUCAUCGAUCGACGCAUGUGUCUCUUGCAAAGCAGUAAUAUCCAGGACAAUGAUAACUUGGAGAUGUUGUCUCAUAUCGAGGGACCUAUUGUCGAUGCUUUCUAUGAUGCCGCGCUCCUGUCUUAUGGGAGGCCCCUUGACCCUCCGCUGCCUAUGUUGAACUCUCCCGCUGAGAGUGCUCCCAUUCCUGCUCAUCAUGGAGAACAGACGUUGGAUCCCAAUGAGAUCGUGCCCGAAGAUCUACAAGAGCAUACUUCCUCUUCUCCACAUUGGGAUAUCGAUUUUGAAGGCGAGGCAAAGAGAGUCAACCACAGUAUCAACCCUCGUGAAGGGGAAACACCUACUCAGGCUGUGACACGUCAUCUGAACACCACUAUCCAGCCUGACACAACUGGGAACGCUCCCGAUACCGAUCAAGACCCGAGAAUGACACCAUACAUCCUGCUACCACAGCACGAGCCCUUCCCCAUGGCCGUCGUUAACCGAGAGCCCUACGGAUCUCCAAACCACAGCAGUACCCACAAUCCCCAAGACGCAGCCUUUGUCUCAGCAAUCAACAACGCAAAGCGCACAAUCUUCAUUCAAACUCCUAACAUGAACGCCGAGCCCCUUCUGGAGCCUCUUCUGGCUGCAAUCCGUCGAGGCGUCAUCGUGAAGCCCUAUCUCUGCCUCGGAUACAACGACGCAGGUGAACUAUUGCCAUUCCAGAACGGCACGAACGAGAUGAUCGCCAACAAGCUUUACAAUUCUCUUAAAACGGCUGAAGAGAAAUCAAGAUUUAGAGUACACUACUAUGUUGGAAAAGACCAAAUUCAGCCUAUUCACAACUCGUUCAAGAAGCGCAGUUGUCAUAUUAAAUUGAUGAUCAUUGAUGAGCAAGUUGCUAUUCAAGGAAACGGUAAUUUGGAUACCCAAUCUUUCUUCCACAGUCAAGAAAUCAAUGUCAUGCUCGACUCCCCUCUGGUCUGUAAGGCAUGGCUGGAAGCUAUCGAUCGGAAUCAGAAUACCGCCAAGUAUGGUGCUGCGAGCUUUGAAGAUGGCUGCUGGCAUGACCCGACUACUGGAGAGAUUCCUCCUGGAUCAAUUGGUACGGAUCCUGGACACUUUAGCUGGGCUAAGGGUGUUAUUGGAGCCGUGAAGCGGGUGAGAGGCGUUGGUGGAUUCUAG